AUGUCCCUUGCUGGGGUAUAUGGUCCUGCUGGAGAUGAUGAAGAGCGAUUCAAAGUCCUAGAUGCUGCCUACGAGCUGGGUGCCCGCCAUUGGGACGACGCCGACGUCUACGGUGACACCGAAGAGCUUGUGGGCAAGUGGUUCGAACGAAACCCAGAGAAGCGAAAGGACAUAUUCUUGACGACCAAGUUUGGCAUUGCGGCGUUCGAUGUGAACAGCAUGACCAUACGAAGUGAUCCGGAAUACGUCCGAUCAGCCGUCGAGAGCAGCCUCAAGAAGCUGAAAACAGACUAUAUUGACCUGUACUACUGCCACCGCGUCGAUGGGAAAUCCCCAAUCGAACAAACGCUCAAAGCCAUGGUGGAGCUGAAGAAUGAAGGGAAAAUCAAGUACAUUGGCCUUUCCGAGGUCACCGUCACCACACUUAAGCGGGCGGCCAAAGUCCACCACAUCGCCGCCCUACAAAUCGAGUACUCUCCCUGGGUUCUGGACAUCGAGCGCAGCGUCAACGGCAACCCUCCCAUCUUCAAUACCUGCAAGGAACUCGGCACCGCAAUCGUGGCAUACAGCCCUCUGGGUCGCGGGUUCUUGACCGGAACUAUCAAGUCCCCCGAAGACGUGCAGAACGACUGGCGCGCGUCCGUCCCCCGAUUCCAGAAAGAGUUCUUCGACAAGAACAUGGAGCUGACCAACAAAUUCAAAGCUUUGGCCGAGAAAAAGGGUCUCACCGCCAGUCAACUGGUGUUGGCGUGGUUGAUGCGACAAGGAGAGCUGGUCCAUGUGCUCUUCGGCACCCGGAGUGCCGCUCGGCUCAGGGAGAAUCUGUUCGCGGUCACGGUCGAGUUGAGCGACGAAGAAGACAAAACCUUGCGGGCCCUGUCCGAGCAGGCGCAGAACAUCGGCGAACGGUUCCCCGACGUUUUCGCUGACAUGAUGAAGGGCGAGACUCCUGAGCUGAAGUAA